GGGGCGCUGGGGCGGCCCCGCAGAGGCGGCGGGCGGGAUGGGGCAGCGGGCGCUGCGCCGGGUCCUGGCUCUGGGGCUGGGGCUGAGCCUGGGGCUGGCGCUGCUCUGCGCCGCAGCGCUGCCCGCGGCCGAUGAAGAGGGAAAUCAAGAUGAAUCACUGGAUUCAAAGACUUUAUCUGCAGAGGACCAGGUAAAGGACCAUUCCACAGGAACUCGAGUAGUAGCGGGUCAGAUCUUCCUUGAGUCGGGGAAAUCAGACUCUCAAUCAGAGGAUGAAGAGAACUUCCACAGUCAAGAAGAGGAAAAAGAGAAUUCACUGGAAGAGUUGAACUCUCUAGAAGUGUCAAAUCUAUUAAAUAAGGAUUUGGAAGAAGCAGAAAUGCAGAGUCCAGUGUUGACAGCUAUUGGGGGCACUGCAGAUGGUGAACCUUGCCACUUCCCCUUUUUGUUUAUGGAGAAGGAAUAUGCAGAGUGCACUGCAGAUGGGAGGGAAGAUGGCAGGCUUUGGUGUGCAACAACCUAUGAUUACAAGAAAGAUCAAAAGUGGGGCUUCUGUGAAUCUGAAGAGCAGUCUAAUAAGAGAAGGCAGAUGCAAGAAGCUGAGGAUGUUUAUCAGAUUGGAAUGAAAAUCCUUAAUGAAAGCAGUAAAAAGGCUCAGAAGAAAGUAGCAUAUCAGUAUCUUCUGAAAGCAGCUGACAUGAAUCAUACCAAGGCCAUGGAGAAAGUGUCUUAUGCUUUGUUGUUUGGGGAUUACCUUAAGCAGAACAUCCAGUCAUCAAAAGAACUAUUGGAAAAACUGACAGAAGAAGGUUCUCCUAAAGGCCAAAUGGCUCUUGGAUUUCUGUAUGCAUCUGGUCUAGGAGUCAAUUCUAGUCAAGCUAAGGCCCUGGUGUAUUACACUUUCGGAGCUUUAGGAGGAAAUCUGAUCGCUCAUAUGAUUUUGGGUUACCGGUACUGGGCUGGGAUAGGAGUCCUUCAGAGUUGUGAAUCUGCUCUCACUCACUACCGACUUGUAGCUAAUCACGUUGCUAGUGACAUUUCUUUGACUGGUGGCACAGUGGUUCAGCGAAUUCGCUUAGCAGAUGAAGUAGAAAAUCCAGGAAUGGCAAGUGGCAUGCUAGAAGAAGACUUGAUCCAGUAUUACCAGUUUUUAGCAGAGAAAGGAGAUGUACAAGCUCAGGUUGGCCUUGGACAAUUGCACUUGCAUGGAGGAAGAGGGGUAGAGCAAAACCAUCAGCGAGCAUUUGAGUACUUCAAUCAAGCAGCUAAUGCUGGCAAUUCACAUGCUAUGGCUUUUCUAGGGAAGAUGUACUCAGAAGGAAGUGAUGUUGUACCUCAGAGCAAUGAAACAGCUCUUCAGUAUUUCAAGAAAGCUGCUGAUAUGGGUAAUCCAGUUGGACAGAGUGGAUUAGGAAUGGCUUACCUCUACGGAAGAGGUGUUCCAGUGAUGAAUAUUUUCGCUAGAACAUCAUGCUUACUGUAUUUCAUACAACUCUGCUUUUCAAGAGGAAUAAAUAACAAUGACAUAUUCUUUCUCUUAGAUGGCAUUGGAGUCAAGAAAGACUAUAAACAAGCUUUGAAAUAUUUUAACUUGGCCUCCCAGGGUGGCCACAUUCUGGCUUUUUAUAACCUGGCUCAGAUGCAUGCUACUGGCACUGGAGUGAUGCGAUCCUGCCAUACUGCUGUUGAGUUGUUUAAGAAUGUAUGUGAACGGGGGCGUUGGUCUGAAAGACUGAUGACUGCCUACAACAGCUAUAAAGAUGGUGACUCAAAUUCUGCGGUGGUUCAGUAUCUUCUUCUGGCAGAACAAGGCUACGAAGUUGCUCAAAGCAAUGCUGCUUUCAUACUUGAUCAGAAAGAAGCUAGCAUAGUAGGAGAAAAUGAAACCUAUCCUCGAGCUUUGCUUCACUGGAAUAGAGCAGCUUCUCAAGGAUAUACUGUUGCAAGAAUUAAACUUGGAGAUUACCAUUUUUAUGGGUUUGGUACUGAUGUUGACUAUGAAACUGCAUUUAUUCACUAUCGACUGGCAUCAGAACAGCAGCACAGUGCUCAAGCAAUGUUUAAUCUGGGCUACAUGCAUGAGAAGGGAUUGGGCAUCAAGCAGGAUAUUCAUCUUGCAAAGCGAUUUUAUGACAUGGCAGCUGAAGCAAGCCCAGAUGCUCAGGUUCCAGUCUUCCUAGCACUUUGCAAACUUGGAGUGAUUUAUUCCUUGCAGUAUGUACGAGAAAUCAACAUGAGGGAGGUAUUCUCACAUAUUGAUAUGGACCAGCUAUUGGGGCCUGAGUGGGACCUCUACCUUAUGACUAUCAUCGCCUUGCUUCUGGGAACAAUUAUAGCUUACAGACAAAGGCAGCACCAAGCGAUUCCCAGACCAGCAGGACUGCGGCCAGCUGUGCCUCAACAAGAACCACCACCAGAGCAUCAACCACCGCAAUAGCAACAAAAGCCUCAGUGAAAGAACUGGAUUUUUCCAAAAGGAACAAUUUUCAUUGUGAUUUAGGACUUCGGAUCAACAGUCCCUCCCCCAAAAGAGGCGCAAAAAAGUUAAAAAAAAAAAAAGUUUGAAAGCUGCUUAGAGUGAUGCCUUUUUUCAGGGAUAAGAAAAUUAUUUUGAAACUGAUUUGAAUGUUAUUUCAGUGCCAAUGGAAUAACACUAUGGCUUUUUUUGUGGAAACACAAGAGUGCUACUACAAAAAUGUUGCCUGCUGUAUCUAGUUCCUCUUUAUUCAGAGUCCUUUUCAUCUCCCAAGAGACAGAAGGCUAGCAGUGGAAGAUUUUUGCCUGCUUGAUAGCAGUUGCCCUUUAUAAAAGUAAUAACAAUAAAUAAUUUUAUGGCCUAUUUAAGUCCAAGAAGCUGAACUACAUUCAAACUCUAAAAAGACUGAAGCUGUCAUGAACUUAUAUUCUGAUCUACAUCCCAAGUAUUUCUGUAGUCCUUAUUUCAUUACUUUUAAGUAUUUCUUGCAGUUUGGUCUCUUAUGCUAUCUUGGAUGGUUUAACAUAGUUUUGCAGAGUUUAUCAAUAAUCUAAGCCAGCAAACAUGCCACUCUCCAUUUGUGCUUUUUUGAGUAUUUUCCUCCUUUCCCCUUAGACUAGACAGUUCUCAGCAGACAGUAUGUAGUCCAUGAGUUGGAUUGGGACAGAUUAGUAAAGUUUAUCAGUUGAAAACUGUCCCUACAGUGCCCAGAUCUCACAUACUUCUAAAACUUUUCAGGAACCUUUGUACUUUGAGAUAUUUUAUGACAUAAACCCAAAUCGAUAGUGUUCCUAAGACAUAUAAAUUUACCCUUAUGAAGAGGCUGAGUCUAGAUUACAGAAAGUACCAGUAUUAUUAUUGACACUGAAGAAAGGACAGAGUGAGAAAUCUCAGUGAGUUAGCUGACUCUUUUUUUGGUUUUAGAGUUGGAAGUUCUCUAUUUAAUUUUCAACAAUCCUGUUAGUGAUUUGCACUGCAAGAAAGAAAUGUGUGUAUCUCAUGCAUGUGUCUGCUUAGUGCAUCUACAAAAAAGGCCACAAAAAUGCAUACUCUCUACAAAAGGGCAUGGGCUUUAUACCAGUGAUGCUACUCCAAAGCUACAUCGGUUGCCAACCUCUUUUGUACCUCAUAUACAUGAGAAAAAUGUCUCUGGCUGAGCCAUCUUGAGGACCCUUUGUAACAAGAAAAUCCAAAGAGAAAGAAGACUAGUGGUUUAUGGCUUCUUGAUACCACCAGGUCAGUGUAAAGGCCUUUUAAUUUGUGUAAAGAACAUGACCUGUGGACUGAUGAUUUAAGAUUGCAAGAGGAAUCUUCACUUAAUGAUUUCCAAUGAACUAUAAUUUCCGGGAUUAGGGGUGGGAAGCAGUUGCAGAGUAGUUUAGAAGCACGAAGUGUAGAAGUGUCUGUUCUGUUCCUCUUUACCAAUGGCAGUUAAAUAUUUGCUUCUGUACUAGCAUUAAACCCUCUGGAAAGUAGUCUCAAAGCUGAAUGAAAUACAAGAGAGGAGGCUUUAGCUGCUUUCUGACAAAAGCUGUUAUGUUUAAAGGGUUAAGGGCUUCCUCUCAUGCAAAUAUUUUUCCAGCAGAUUGGCAACAACAUAUCAAUACACUUUAUUUAGAAUUGAGAUUUUGAUAUGAUUUCAUACUUGGUAUGUUUGUAAGGAGACAGCUGCACAUUAGAUUUGUAGUUUGGGAUGGAAGAUAAGCAAUGCAUUCUUUUGUAAAUGGAAAUGUCAAGGAUGGCUAGUAUUAAAGGUACUAGGUAGAACUCAGUACUUCAAAAUGCUUAUGGUGGUUAUGUGAGACAAAUCUUUCGUGUUAGUGUGGAGGUUUGCAGCAUGUGGUAGAAGAAUAUCUUGUUAAGUCUUAGUCAUCAUUAGCAGAUGGGACAGUAUUGAAUUUUUAUGUCAUGUCUAAAAUGUACAGCACUCCCCAGCUGCAUUUUUAAGAUAUCUGUGACUUUUGAACGCUCCCUCUGAAGUAUUUUUGCUGCUGUCACUUAAUAGCUCUUUUUAGCUUGGCAUGAAUAAAUUGAGGAUUAUAUGGAAAAUGUUUUUCAGUUAAAUACCAUUGGUUGAUUGGUAUUGGUCUCUUAGGAUGUUUAACAGUUUUAUUACUGCAUAAUUAAAAUGUUUUGAUUUUUCUAUUAGAACUAAAUUCUAGAAGCUCUGUCCUAUUUGCAUGAGAAUCUCUCAUCACUGCUGCUAUGUGACAGUCUCAUAGAUGACUUUCACUGAAUCUGAUGCAUUUUUACAUCCCAAGAAAUCAGCAGAAGAAAAUGAUUGAUGUUAGCAAGUUAUUUCACUUUAAAGAACUGCUUUUUGAAGGAGCAAUAAGGAAGUCUUUCUCCUGCUUUUUUCCCUUCCACCAAAUUACUACCACUGACUUUUUCAGAUGACAUUCAUUUGAAUGCAGUGGUAGAAGAAAAAAGGUACUUACCAUAAGUAAUGGUGAGUUAACUCAGGGAUUAAAGAAAUGAAUAAACUUUCUAAAUCAGUUAUCUACACCAUGACUUAAGUUUUUGUGACAAUCCCUUGCUACUCUGUUCUGAAACUUGCGUUUUGAGGGAGGUAUAUUUAACUCUUACUAGCAAUAUGUAUCUUGUGCACUCAGUUAAUCAAGCAUAUUUUUCCUAAAGGAGCUGGACUGCUCUGUUUACUGCAGUGAAGUACUUUUCCCUUUUGGUAGCGCACAGAUUUGUCUUACAGUUUAUAUGCAGGAGUACUUUAGAAUGCAAACUUGGUUUAAGAGAAGCCUUUCUGGGUGUGUUGAGCAUGGUUUGAAUGGAAAAGUUGUAUUCUUUGUGUGUAGUAACAUAGGCCAGAGCCUGCCUAUUUGACCUUUCCAGACAUAUGCUCUUCUUUCCAUGCACAGAGAAUGGAACUACAGAGCAGUAAGCGUUGGUGGUGGGAUUUCUGUAUGUAGGAAAACUGGGAAAACAUGGAGGGACACAUUAUUCUGCGUCUCAGAUCAUUAAUCAAAGACACUGUCUGUUCUUGCUGGUUGAAAGAAGUGCUGAAUUGUUGAGAAAACAGGAUUCUAGUACAUCAGUCUGUUGAAACUUGCCCCAGAGCUGUCUGUUGAAAUAACUUUCCUUGCUUUAUAUGGUCCAUCACAACAUAAAUGUAAUGGGACACUGUAAUAGAAGGUAAGACCUUUGAUACAAACAUCCUCAUGAAACUCUUAUGAGACAGUUUUACUCACUUUUUAGUCAUCUUCCAUAAGUCAGCUGCUCCUACAAAAAAAAAAAAAAAAAAAAAAAAAAGGCAAACUAACACAGAAGCUAUCAAAUGUUAUUCUUUUUGGAGAAGAACAUUAAAAUGUGGCUUGUGAAAGGACUUUUUAAGACUAUGCAUUAUCUAAUUUCCACCUAUUAUAUGCUAGUUUUGGCCUAUAAAGGGGGAUCACACUCACCUUUGCAAGUUGCUUUCUUUUUACAUAGGCAACAAUGGACUGAAAUUCUAUUUUUGUUUCAGAGAAUAUUAAACUGAAAAGAUUUAGUUUGAUUUGAACUACUGCAAAUGCAUAUGGCAAAUAGCGACUAUUGGGGGGAACCCUUUGUUUUUAUCAGCUGCAGUUCUUUAAAGGGUCUUGUAGGAGUUUUGUAAAUUUAUUUUGUAUUUAAAAUCAGUAUAAAGGCUGGUCAAAUGUAAUAUAAUUGUGUAAACAAAUUCUGUUAAUAGAAAGAUGUACAGAUUCAUUUUGUACUGUAUCUUUAAUCUUGUGAAAUAAAGAUACCACCUGUGUGGUUA